GGCGCCGUGGGCGCCAUCGUGGCCGUUCGGGCUCACCGUCAGACUGGGGGCUACAACGUGACUCCGCUCAGCGACGCGGACAGGAGGCGGCACGAGCAGGCGUGGAAGGAGUACCGGCACAAGGUGAAGCUGAACAGACUCAUCGCCAAGUACGACACCAACAACAGCAAGAAGUUGGAGAAAGACCAGUUGGUUCGGCUGUUGACGGAGAUCGACAGCUCCACGCCGCCGGGCACCGCCCCGUCGGAGGAGGAGGUCAACUUCGUGCUGAAGGCCGCGGACAAGGCGCACGACGGGUGCAUCUCGGCGGACGAGGUGGAGGACGCCAUGUGCGUCUGGAUGACCUACGUGGACGAAGCGCCAGGAGUGGGACGAGAAGCUUAA